UGUGUCAGGAAGUCUUAUUGAUUUCAGGAGGUCUGCUCGUUUCUCCUGAUAGGAAAAAGACUACGUGAAACGAGACGUAUUGAUAUAUUGCUGCAAGGAUUUUUUCACCUUAUUGUUCAUAGGUAGCGGUUUGCAGAUUUUCCGUCGGUGCUUCGGGUCUGAGCAGCUGUCCUGCUGGAGUGUCGGAAGAGGGAGGGAGGAGGCAACCAGAGGGAGGAAGGAAACGGGGAUAACGUCACGAAGACACGGAGUAAAACGGGCAGAGCAGCGGUUAAUGGACGAUCCUUGAUGCGGGCCAGAGAAAGGAAAAACUGGAGCUAGUUCUUUUGAUUUCCCCUCCCCGCUUACAUUAGACAAAAAAUGUUUUUCCUAACCUUCCGAACGUGAAAAGGUGCGACGCCGUCAGCAGAAAAGGGGCAAAAAAGAGAGGAAAGAAAGUAAGAAAAAAAGCGGCAGCAGAUUUGAUCAGUUCCUAUAUCUAGUUUUUUCUUUUUUUUUCCUGGAGCUCCACCAAAAGCGGAGAAAUGGAAAUGUGUGGAGCCCUCCUGCGUUUGCCUGUUCACUGAUCGUGAUAACACGGAACUUUUUAAAGAAGGAUCGUCCCCGAACUGCAUCUUUAAUGCGUGAAAAAGACACGUAUUUCAACCCUUCACGGCAUUUCGGAGACGUCGCUCUGAGUGUUUUUUGAAGCCCAUCGGGAGAAUUAACAGGUUAAAGCUAGGAAAACAUACAAAAUGAGCGAGCUGGAGCAGCUUCGUCAGGAGGCCGAGCAGCUGAGGAACCAGAUAAGGGAUGCCAGGAAAGCUUGUGGCGAUUCAACACUCACCCAGAUGGCUGCUAGUUUAGAUCCCGUUGGCCGGAUCCAGAUGCGGACAAGACGCACCCUUCGUGGACACCUGGCCAAGAUCUACGCCAUGCACUGGGCAACAGACUCAAAGCUUCUGGUUAGUGCCUCUCAGGACGGGAAGCUGAUUGUGUGGGACAGCUACACCACUAACAAGGUAAAGUCAGUAAAAAUUCUGCUCUCAUGAGGUCACAACUCGUCUGGACGAGAAGUUGAGUUGAGUGACUCAGCCCAGCUUCCAGACAACAAUUGCAAAUAAUCUAAUGUAACAUUUACAGUCGCUUCAGUGGAGAUUUCCUGCUGUGAGAGGAUUUUUUUGCAUUUUCCCCUCUAACCACAGCAUCGGGCGACAUUUGUGCCUUGGAAAAGAUUUGCAGGUUGUUUUAUAUAAGUGGAAACUUAAAUGUCUUGUUACCUUCUGAGUUUUAUGCUUUUCUCUCCUGUAUAGUGUCCGACACGUUUGCGUAAAGAAACAUUGGCUUUGCGACACAUGAAGUAAAACUUGUUUCUCAUACUUUUUCCAC